AUGGCUACAACCACAGUGACGGGUCAUGGGCGACGCUCCUCCAUGCGUCAGGCUGAAUUGCAGAUUCCAACCAAAUCCUCCAUCCCUCAAUCAACGAGCAGCCCAGUCGAUAAGUUCCCACCUUACGAGGACACGCUCGACACCGUCGCGGGGUCAACUCGUCCAAACCGAAGUGCUUCGGUCAAAUAUAACCCGAAUGAGUUCUGGAAUCCUCGAAAAGCAAGCUUCUACUCUCGAGACUAUGGGAAUGGAUCAUUAAGAACCCCCAAACACCGCCCACGGAAGAGCAUCAGUGAAGCCAUCACGACAAUCAGAACACGCAAUGGCAGUAUGAGCGCUAACGCUCAUGAAUUGGCUGAAGCACUCCGUGCUCCAGUCUCCUACCGACUGACUGCUCUCUGUAUCGUUUGGUAUCUGACAUCUGCUCUCACAAAUACGUCCUCAAAAUCGAUACUGAAUGCCCUUCCAAUGCCGAUCACACUGACAAUGAUUCAAUUUGCAUUCGUCUCCUUCUGGUGUUUACUAUUGGUGUAUCUUUCCACAGUGAUACCCCAGUUGCGACAAAGUAUUCCAAUACUUCAACAUGGAAUUCGCUACCCAUCUCGUGACGUGAUUUCCACAGCCCUGCCUCUGGCUGUAUUUCAAUUAGCUGGCCACAUUCUCAGCUCCAUGGCCACUGCACAAAUCCCCGUCUCCUUGGUCCACACUAUCAAGGGUCUUUCGCCUCUUUUCACUGUUUUGGCAUACCGAGUUCUGUUUCGCAUUCGAUAUGCUCGGGCAACCUACCUAUCACUGAUCCCUCUCACCCUGGGUGUGAUGCUUGCCUGUUCGACCGGAGUAUCUACAAAUUUAUUUGGAAUAUUUUGUGCAUUCGGUGCAGCUCUUGUGUUCGUCUCGCAGAACAUAUUCUCGAAGAAGCUGUUCAAUGAAGCAGAUCGCGCAGAAUUAGAUCUGCAAAACCCUGGGCGACUAUCUGAUUUUAUUCACGAUGGUGUAAUCUCACUCUCGGGUAAGCAAGGAUCAUUGGAUCACGGUGCUCUUUCUCUUGAGUUUCUGUUCAACGGAGUAUCACACUUCGCCCAAAACAUCCUGGCGUUUGUGUUACUGUCAAUGAUUUCCCCUGUGUCAUAUUCAGUUGCAUCAUUGGUCAAGCGUGUGUUUGUGAUUGUGGUUGCGAUUGUAUGGUUUGGAAGCUCAACCACUCUGAUCCAAGCAUUUGGCAUUGGGCUUACGUUCGUGGGCCUUUACCUCUAUGAUCGCAAUAGCCACGAUGAUGUAGCUGAUCAAAGGGCAAACACCGACCAUUUCCGCAUGCAAAAGUCCAUUCUUCCGUUGAACGUGCGGCACCCAAGCAAGCCAUGGGAUUCCAAUGGCUAUGCCUUUCCUGCGGGUAGGGGAGUCUUUGAAGGAGCCCCUAACAACUCCAAUACUGCACCCAAUAAUUCCAAAAAAGAAGACGAUGGGCCUGGGCACGUUCGGCCAAGAGGAGCCAGUGUUUCUCCUGCUUGGUUACCCGGAACCAGACAAGAAUCCACUUGGCAAGUUAGUGAUCCCCCAACCACAACCUAG